AUGACGCCGGUUUUGUCCCUUUUCGCCCCAUAGUGCUCCGUUUAACACGCGUGCACGGAGGCCGACAGAAGCCGGUGACGAAUCCAGACCGAAUCGUGCCGUGCGAGGAUGAUUAAAAAUUCUUGCACACAAAAAAUGGAAACAGUGUCACUUCCCUUUCCAGGGUGGGGAAAUUAUUGUUUCCCCAAAAAUCUCCGGUGGGAAUUGUAAUAAAAAGCCUUGCCGUUUGACCAUUCGGCGGUUAGUUUCGUUUGGUGCAGUUCUCCUCACGGUAGCGCACGGUGGGUGUGUGUUCGAUAUUUGUUUUGCGGACAAUUUUUUCAAACUACAGCGAUGAAUUCUAGUGCGUGGUGUGUGAUAUGCAUUGUUGGAGCUUUAUUCCUCUCUGACGUGACUUUGUCAGAUCCGGUGAUUGGUGGUGGAAGUGUCUUUUCCGCUUCUAUAACACGUGCCCUAGUGCCUCCGAGAAGGGAUUCACUCCAGCUCGGCAAUCGAUAUGGUGCAAUUCAGCCAGAAAUAAUUGUGAACCGUGCGCCCGCAAGCUCCACAGUCCCCCCACAACGAGAUCAAGGUGUUGGUGGACCAGUCGGAUAUAACUAUGAUGUGCCCGCGUCAGGAUAUCUUCCACCGGAAUCUGUUCCUUUCGCUGAUGAACCACCAGCUCCAGUGCCACCUUCCGUUGUCAACAAUUACCUGCCUCCCGUGUCCCAGGAUGAACCAAUUGCUCAAGAUGAACCAGUGUUUCCUUCAUCACCAUCCCAGGAUUAUCUUCCACCGAACGAACCACCGCAAAGGGAUGAAGUGUUUGUGGUAACAACGGUAGCGCCCGGGUACUAUUACAACCCUCCGACAACCCCUUCCACUUCAACCUUCGCUCCUCUAGGAGAUGAAGGCUUUGAGGAUGGAAAUGGUAACGAAGGUGGUUAUCGGUAUGAUCCACCAGCCAACAUCUACAUCCCACCAACGUCCAACGGUGUAGGACGCUCGCUGCGAGAUGAUCCAGCAGGUCAAAGGCCACCGAUAAGAUUGCAGCUGAAUGAGCUCGCCUGUCUGCGAAACAGUGGCGGCUACUUCCGUGCAUCCCUUACCGUCCAAAGUUCCAUCGAAAGCUCUCCGCUGGUGGAUGUGGAGAACGAUGGUGGAGAUCUUAGCGGUUGUGAGGUACGGCUCGAUCAAUCUCGCCUGCUCAUAGACAUUGCGUGGCCCGAUUUUGGCCGAUGUGGAGUGAUACCUUGUGGACAAACGCCCGCCCGAGAGCUGUGUCUGCGGGUUCGUUUUCCCGCGAUUGCAGGGAUGAGAACGGCGGUUGAUCCGGUGCUGACGUUACAGUGUCGCAUACAGCAAAGGAUUGUCGCCAGGACACACUCGGUACGGCUCGGUGUGGCUGACGAUGUGCAGGCACGGGCUGGAUCGACCGGGACCGCAUUUGCGAUUGGCGGUUCGCAACGACCCUUUCGAUCGCAGCUCGGGAUCUUUCGACGGCAGAACGGUGGUGGAUCGUUUACCAGGGCAUUGCCGGCCGGUGGGGCGGUGAUGCUGGGAGAGGAAUUGAUGCUAAGGACACAGGUUUCUGCAGGCGAUGGUUGGAACUUUACACGACUCUCCGAGGUGGUAAUGCAACGCCUUUCGCCAACCGGUACCGUACUCAAUUCGGCCUCACUCGUCAACACGAAUGGAUGCCUGAAUCCGCUGAUGCGUGCCAUCAGCCCGAUAGCACCCGUCUUUGAGGCACCGCUCGGCUAUCGGUUAGGGUUUCGGGCCGCCAUGUUCCAGGGAAUGCGCAGUGGCGACGAGAUGAUACUGCGUGUCCGUAUCGUAGGAUGUGUCGAUCGGCGCGAGUGUCUUGUGGAAAAUUGCCAAACAACUGCCCGCUCCAAGCGCGAAACAGAAAGUCCCGCUCCCGAAGGACACGAAACGAAUGGGACAACUCCACCGACUAUCCUCACUAGCUCCAGCACAACACCAGCACCUCCCCUAGCCGAAACGGCAUCGAUCGCCUUCCGUAUAAUGCUACCGCCCGAGGUAGCUUCCUCGACCGAACGGCAGGAUUAUCCUUCCGGUCCGUCCCAUUCCCUGCUCUGGAUCACCGUCGGCACGACGUCCACGAUCGUGCUCGUCGGCGUCGGUGUGCUGGCGCUGGUGUUGCUCCGAUUGCGCCACAAACGACGUCCCAAUUACGAUGAGUAUCAGGCGGAUUAGAGUGAGCCCCGGAUUAAAGACGUGGC